AUGUAUAGUUGUUUGCCAUAUGUUUCUGGAGGAAAAGUGACUUAUGGAAAUAAUUACGCAGCCAUAAAAACUAAUUAUGGCACUACAGGUAUGAUGAUUACUAAGAAGGGCGAUUAUGACGAACACCAUGGAUACAUUAGAGUCGCUUGUAGCCUUUUGUCUGAAGACUUUAAGUUUAAUGAAAUCUUGCUAGCUUUUCAACAUGUUCCUUAUACUCAUACAGCAGAGAAAUUACAAGAGAAUGCAAAAGGGUUAAGUUAUCCAAAUAUUCAUAUAAUGAUUCAAGAUAUUAGUACUAGGUGGAAUUCAUCGUUUCAUUCAUGGAGAGGGUUGAUUGAUUUACAAAGUGCAAUUGCUCAUUUACCAUUUAAACUUCUAGCUGAUUUAAAUAAUGACAAUAAAAAAGACUUGAAGUGGAUUUUGAUGAAUGAGCUUGUGCAAAUCUUUGGUGGGUUUGAAGAACUCAUUAGAAAAUUCAAACCGAUGUUAAUGGAUGAAGAAGAUGAUGAAGAAGAAACAGAUAAAUUAAUUACAGCCGUACCUGGAUCCAAAGGAGAUUUUAAUAUAACUAGAACAAUAGAUACAAAUGACUUAAACUCACAUUUUAAAACUUUAUUAUUAUCAAUUGAUAAAUAUUGA